UGUCCGCCACUGAACAAGUUUGUAUUAACAUCUUACAUGUGCAUUCACAAUUUCCGUUGAUUUGGAAGUUAUUCAAUCUGUGACCAAUUUAACCAAAGAGUAAACGUAGCAGUAAAAAAAGGCAUAGGAAAUGUUGCGUUCGUGAAGCAUUUCGUGAAACUGUAUCAUAUUCUUUAGACUGUCUAGAAUGGGUUUCUGGACAAAGUGCGGUCUUAUUCCAAUUUUGCUUUUGUAUGAUGCCCAUGCAAACUGCAUAAUUACUAAAUCAUCGGACAUAUGCGAUUCGACUGGGGAUGUGUACAAUUGUCAACAUCAACAAUUGAAAUCCGUACCAAGAAACAUUACGUCAAAUAUCAUAGCCAUCGAUCUUUCUGACAACGAUCUAGUCAAACUACAGGAUGACGACUUUAAAGGAAUGCACACCCUGAAAGCCAUUUAUCUUAAUCGGAACAGAAUAAAUCACAUCAAGAAGAACGUAUUUCAUCAUUUGCUUAAUCUAUGCAUCCUAGAUCUAAGCUCAAACCAACUUCGCAAAGGAUCCAUAGAAAAGGGAACGUUUCAAGAUAUGAAUUCUCUUCAGGACCUCAGAAUCAAUGACAAUCCUUUUCUAGGUGGAGGAUUUCCUGACGACGAAAUAGGACGUCUUUCGUCCCUGAGAAACUUAUCAAUGAGCGCUACUACAGCAACCCUACAUUUUUCUCCAAAAUUUCAACCAUUAAAACAACUUAAAAAGUUGGAAAUUGAUUCUUACGUCCAUUUCCGUUUAACUAAUUAAUCCUUCGAAAAUCUUGCUGAACUC